AAAUAAUUAGCGUUAUUUUGAUAAUAAAUACAUUAAUAAUGCUUUCUGACUCCAGACAGAUUGCAGUGUUCAACGAGACUUAUAAAUUGCAUUCUAACAAUUCGCAGCUAGCCGAAUUGAAAGCGGAGUUAGAUGGAAAUAAAAAGUCAAAUUUUGAAUCAAUCGAGGAUGCAGAUAUUUAUGAUAUGAGAUCCUAUCCACGAAAUUGCGCUGAGGCAAAAUCGAGUGGAGUCUACGAGAUUCGUAUUCCCAGCUACAGUAGACACUCCUUUAGAGUGACUUGUGAUGCGGACACUCGAGGAGGAAACUGGACAAUCAUUCUGCAACGUUUGGAUGGAAGUGAGAACUUUUAUCGAAACUGGAACACAUACAAAAAGGGAUUCGGGAAUUUGGAGGGUGAAUUCUUCUUGGGACUCGACAAAAUACACGCACUUACAGCAGAUUACAGUCAGGAGUUGCUUGUGAUUCUUGAGGAUCCCGAUGGAACCGAAGCAUUUGAGACGUAUGAUAGAUUUGGAAUUUCAGACGAGGAUGAAGAAUAUGCUUUAAAUACGUUGGGUAAAGCCAGUGGCACAGCUGGUAAUUCGCUAGAAUAUCAUAAAACCAUGAAAUUUUCUACUUAUGAUCGGGAUAAUGAUAAUUGGGUAGCUGGAAACUGCGCCGCACGCAGCACUGGUGCCUGGUGGUACAACGAUUGUCAUAACUGCAACUUGGCCGGGAAAUAUGAUGACAAAGCCGAUGGUAAGGGCGUUAACUGGUGGCCUUUUCGGAGUAAAGUGACCUCCCUUAAAAGAGCUAUAAUGCUGAUCAGGCCAAGAAAGUAAAUGCCGAGUCUUUCAUAUAUAACGAAAGCUGUUCUAUCACAAUUUUUUUUACAGAUUUGUGAAAUGCUUUUAUCUUUAAAUUAAAGUAAAUGCAAUUUACUUAAUACAUAUGUUACUACCUGUAUUUUCAUCUAUUUCUCUUUGUCUCUCCUUGUCUGGUUUAAGCAUUGAAAAAAUAAUAAGUAGAGAAAGCAAUGUUCCAGCAAAAAAGAAGAUCAAAUACCCUAAAUUCUGUAAAUUUCUUUAUAUAAAAUAAAUAUAAAUAAAUUA